AUGACGCUUAAUUUACGAAAACAACACCCCAUCUUUAAAAUCAUCAAUGCCUCCUUUAUUGACCUCCCAACUCCAUCUAACAUCUCUGCUUGAUGAAACUUUGGGUCUCUACUAGGUCUAUGCCUCAUUAUUCAAACCAUUACAGGUCUCUUCUUAGCCAUACAUUACACUGCAGAUAUCUCCUCUGCAUUUUCAUCUGUUGCCCAUAUUCACCGAGAUGUACAACAUGGCUGAUUAAUUCGUAACCUACACGCUAACGGCGCAUCCAUAUUCUUUACCUGCAUUUACCUCCACAUUGGACGUGGACUAUAUUAUGGCUCCUACAUCUAUACUGAAACCUGAAACAUUGGAAUCCUUCUCCUUCUUAUAGUGAUAGCCACAGCUUUCAUAGGCUAUGUAUUACCUUGAGGACAAAUAUCCUUCUGAGGAGCUACCGUUAUUACUAAUCUUCUCUCCGCAAUACCUUACGUAGGUACAACUCUUGUUGAAUGAAUUUGAGGCGGGUUUGCAAUUGACAACGCAACCCUCACACGCUUUUUCACCAUCCAUUUUUUGCUACCAUUCAUCAUUAUAGGCACUUCCAUAGUCCAUCUCCUCUUCCUUCAUGAAACAGGAUCAAACAACCCAACAGGCCUUAACUCCAACACAGACAAAAUCCCGUUCCACCCCUACUACUCAUAUAAAGACCUUUUCGGUGCCCUACUCAUAUUAAUAUGCCUCCUAUCUUUAGCCCUAUUCUUACCGAACCUUUUAGGCGACCCAGAAAAUUUCUCACCCGCAAACCCCCUAGUAACACCCCCACACAUUAAACCAGAAUGAUACUUCCUUUUUGCCUAUGCAAUCCUCCGCUCUAUUCCAAACAAACUAGGAGGUGUUUUAGCCCUCUUAUUUUCAAUUCUAAUCCUAUUUACUUCCCCAAUGCUUCAUCUAUCAAAACAACGCACCCUAACAUACCGCCCACUAUCCCAAAUACUAUUUUGGUUACUUAUCUCAGAUGUCAUUAUCUUAACAUGAAUUGGAGGUCAACCAGUAGAACACCCAUUCAUUAUUAUUGGCCAACUCGCUUCCAUCCUUUAUUUUAUAAUUUUUCUCCUCUUCAUACCUGCCCUAGCUCUACUAGAAAAUAAACUUCUUAAAUGGUAA